UUAUCGUAAUUAUAAAAAUAAAGACAAAAUGCACAAAAUUAAAUAUGUAAAAGACAUUAUACAAGAUUUGGAAAACUAUGGACCAGCUAGUUUAAUACACAUUGCUAUUCUGAGUAACAUACUUAAAAGACGCAUUAAUAUAUGGAAUGCUAAUGGUAAUUCAAAUAAGAUCAUCGGAAGAAAAAAAUUGGGACCAUCUAUAGAUAUUGAAUAUCACGCGAAUAAUUCUGAACAAAUUGGUCACUGGACCCUAAGAGGUAGCAAAGAUCCCGACAACGUCACUAUUGAUUUAAACAGCUGCCUUUUUUCGGUGAUUGGUUCUCAAAUCGGGCAAGAUCCAUUAAAACUUCGUAAGUGGACUGUAUUAAAACUAGAGAACGAUUCUCAGAGUUUGGCUAAAUGGCUAGACAAAAUUCAGUGGAAGGGCAGUGCAGGAGUAUUCCUUAUGAUUGGCGGAGUAAACGGACAUGGACCCGAAAGUCCGAGAACAAAGUCCGAAGAAGUAAGGUACUCAAAAAGAUACCCAGCACACAGUCAGAAAGAAGACGCUAGACAGCUUCUGGAAGAUUCAGAGAACAUAGAAGGCGAAGGUGAUGUUGGUGACGAUAAACAUGAUCUAAUAGGACAUUCUAGAGAGCAGCAUGUUGUAGGAGGAAGAAAUGGAGGUGUCGCAACUUAUACUAGGAUAAAUAAAUGUGCGGCAACAUAUGCUUUUCAGAGUGAACAAGACCAAGACUAUGCCCUUCAUAGAGCAUUGCUAUCAAAAUCGGGUCAAGAAGCACUACAUAAACUUGACAAUUCCAUUAAGUCAGACGCAAAUAUACCUGUUUCAGAAUUAAAAGAACAAGAUGUCCCAUUUCCUAAAGGAAGCUAUUGGUAUGUGGGAAACAUGGUACGUGAUUCAAUAGAAAUGGAUAGUGUCGUAUUAAAAUUAAGACAUCAUAUAGAUAAACGAAGCGAAGAAAAUGCAAAGCCUCAUAUAGUUUCUAUUUACCCAUUCUUUAAACAGGAAAAAACAAUAACGUGUUUCAAAGGAUAUCGUCUAUAUCGUGAUUAUAUACAAAAACUAACUAAACAAAAAUUUGUCCUUUCAUCUACAUUUGAAAAACUUAAAGAAAUUCUCACAGAAGAUGGAUACUCAAUAAGAUACCCAUCAUCUAACACGAUAGAAAACGCUAAACAGAUUCUGGACAAUUCAGAGGGCAAAUCCUGCGAAGAUGAUCCUCGCAAUCCAAAAACUGAAGAUUUUAGAACAGGCCAUGCUAGAAGCAGGCAUGUCGUAAAAAGAAGCAAUGGUGUCAAUGGUGUCGAAGCUUAUACUAGAACACAUAGAUGUGAAACAAAAAGUGCUUUUCAGUCAGAAGAAGAACAAAACUAUAUCCUUCAUAGAGCAUUGUUAUCAGCAGAGGGUCAAGUAGGACUAGUUCUUCUUAACUUAAGAUUCUAUUCAGAAAUCGGUGUAAAAGCUUCAAGAUUAUCAGAAUCAAAUGGCUCAUUUCCUAAAGGAAGCAACUGGCAUAAUGGAAAAAAAAUAAAUGAUGAAGAAAUCGAAAUGGUCCAUAUAUAUUUAGGACAUCAAAAAGGUGAAAGCAAGAACAAUAGUGCAGAACCUUUUGUAAUAAAUAUGUUCCCAAGAUUGAAAAAUAAAACAAAAAAGGUAAAAAACAAAAAGAACAAGAAGGUGCUCAAGCUGCUCCUGAAACUGCUUCUGCAACUACAUCUAAACCUGUUUCCAAAACUCCUCCUAAACGUGCAACUGGAGCUACUCCUAAAAUUCGUAAAACUGCUCCUAAAACUGCCUCUCCAACUACAUCGAAACCUGCUUCUAAAACUUCUAAAACUGCUCUAAAAACUGCUACUGGAACGAUUCGUAAAACUGGCCAUGUAACUACUCCUGAAACUGUUCAUAAAAUUACUCCUACAACUUCUCAUAAACCUACUCCUAAAAGUACUCGUAAAUCUACUUCCAAAAUUACUCGUAAAACUGCUCCUUAAAUUACUCCUAAAACUGCUUUUUAAACUGCUCCUAAAACAAUAGAAAUAAGGGGAAAUUCUAACUGUGGAACUCCGAAUGAGGAGCGAGUUGCAAGAAAGGUACUUGUAAGCGCGGGGGCAUGAUAUCACGCGGCAACUGUCAGAAUACACAUACAUAUGUAUAAAAAUACACAUGUAAUACAUAUAAAAUAUAAAGUAUUUAUAUAAAUAUAAAAAUGCAUUGGCAUUUUUUUUACAAGCUUAAUGUGUCGUAGUCAAACAGGUACUAACAGUAAAAAAGAAACCGUAUAAUUUUGUACAAUAAUACUUGAUUUAUCAAUAAAAAACCAUUAUAAAACCAUUAUAAAAAAAUGAUACGGGUCAAAAGUAAGAUGAGAAGACAAAUGAGAAGCAUUUUUAUCCUUACAAUCUUACUUCUAGCCUUACCUUUACAACCACCGUCACAACACAAAUGAACGCAUAAAUUGUACAAAAAAACGUCGAGUAUAAAUCGUUUAAUAAUGAAUGUAAUAUAUUGAUUAUAAAACUGAUUAAUUAUAAAAUAAAAAGAAAUAAAAUGUAUUAAUAAAACGAGCAAUAAAAUUGGGAACCGCU